GGGCGGACAUAACGGAGCGCCGACCAUCGCUCCGACCAUAGCAUAGCACCAUAGCAUCGAUCACAAAAAAAAACAUUCAGUGCUUUUAAAUGUUAGCGGUCAUAUUGGCGCCUCGACCCCCGCUCCGCUCAUAGGUCUGAGCCAGGCCCUGGUACCAUGGAAUUGAGCUUAGUAUUUUUUCGACCGUCGACCAUCGCUCACGCAAUGGUAGAUAAAGAAAAAUUAAUCGGGCUUGUAUUUGUCCGAGAGGCUAUAUGGAACAAAAAAAAUAAAUAUCAUCACAAUUGCGUAAUUUUAAAUAAAUUGUGGAAGGAAGUUGCAGAGGGGUGUGGUGUACCAGCGACAUCCGCAAAAGCUCAGUGGAAAAGGCUUCGACAAACGUUCAUAAAAAAGCUAUCAGAGCAACCCGUUAAAAGGUCUGGUGAUGGAGUGGAGGACGACACUGAAACGUCUGAUUGGCCAUUUUUCAAGUCCUUAUUAUUUUUAAAAGAUUCUUGUGCGCCUAGGAAAACGGAAGGCAAUUUUAGUAACGAAGAAGAUCAAAGUGGAGAGGAUACUGGCGAUGAAAGUUCAUCCCAAGCUCCAUCGUCCGUCACCGAGUCAGUUCCUUUAUCUACACCAGCGUCGCCAAGAAGUUCGCCAACACCAGUAACGAAAAAAGUUAAAACCCAAAGGUCUAGCAAAAAGGACCACAUUGGUGAAGCCUUAAUUAUAGCCGAACGAGAGAAAAUUGAAUAUCUAAAAAGGAGAGAAGAGAAUAGAAAAAGUAAAGAGGCAAUGAUUGAAUUAAAUUCAGUAAGAAAAGAGCUAGAUGAGGACGAAUCUUUUUUUAAAAGCAUUUUGCCACACGUACGACAGUUUUCUCCAAAAAGAAAAAUGCAAUUUCGUAUUAAAGUACUUCAACUAGUACAUGAUUCAAUUGAAGCAAAUCCACCUAGGGACGAACCGCACAUAACAGAACUAGUUCCACAAAAUCAACCUUCAUCAUCAAAUCCAAAGCACUCCUCGUUAAGUAUUCCUUCAGAAAUGUUUUUUAGUGAUCUUAGAGAAGAACAGAACCAGAAUGCCUACCUUAAUAAUAUGUAUCCUACUCAAUUUUAGAUAAGUGUACUUUGUAUUUUUUUAAUAAAUAAACUUUUUGUAUAUGUACUUACCUCAAGGUUAGCAUCAGUUGUUCUUCCGUUCCUAUUGGCUGAGAGUGGCAAUUUUGGUAUGAUUUUUCUAAGCUAUCUCCAAAUUUACUUAAAAUAUAAUCGAAUGUACUAAUUGCCAUUCUCAUAUAUUCAAAAAAACGAGCUGAAUCAUUUCUUAAAUCUCUAUAGAGAUGAUGGAAUUCACCAUACCGAAAACGCUUCUUAUUUAAAGGAUGAACCCUUCUUUUUUGGGAUUUUUUAUAUAUGUACCACGUUUUAGCACUUGACUCUGGUAAAACGUCAUCAUCAUCAGACGAAGAUAUUAACACAUCCAUGUUUAUGACGCUCAUUUUAACGCUUUAAACUGAAAUGCAAAUGUCGAGAUCGAGGCCUCAAUGUGACCACCUAAGCGCUAUGGUCGGAGCGAAGGUCCCAGGUACCAUGCUUUGGUCGGAGCAAUGCUCCUGUGCGAGGGUCCUCGUUAUG